AGCAGGGACGACGGCCCGCGAGGCUCGCGGGCCGGUGCCUCGCCAGGGUCUGGAGGGUAGGCUAGCCCAGGUGCAGAGGCGAGGCCUUCCUGAUCAGCGAGGAAGUCCGGGACACCCCAAGACUUAGGAAUCCACGGCUUCCGGGGUUCCAGUUCGCCGGUCGCCGCCCGCGUUUCGUAUCCUGAGUUCUUGUGCGGAGUCCUUAUUUUUGUGUAGAAUACCUGUGGAGAAGAAACAAUGGAUUCCUUGGAUCACAUGCUGACAGAUCCCCUAGAACUGGGUCCCUGUGGAGAUGGUCAUGGUACACGGAUCAUGGAAGACUGCCUUCUGGGUGGUACCAGGGUUAGUCUGCCUGAAGACCUUCUGGAGGAUCCUGAGAUAUUCUUUGAUGUCGUCAGCCUCUCCACAUGGCAGGAAGUACUAAGUGACUCUCAGCGUGAACAUCUCCAGCAGUUCCUGCCUCAGUUUCCUACAGACAAUGUGGAGCAGCAGAAUGAGCUCAUCCUUGCCCUGUUCAGUGGGGAGAACUUCCGCUUCGGAAACCCUCUGCACAUUGCCCAGAAGCUCUUUCGAGAUGGACACUUUAACCCUGAGGUGGUCAAGUAUCGUCAGCUCUGCUUCAAGUCACAGUACAAGCGGUAUCUCAACUCCCAACAGCAGUAUUUCCAUCGGCUGCUGAAACAGAUUCUUGCUUCCAGAAGUGAUUUGUUGGAGAUGGCUCGCAGGAGUGGCCCGGCUCUUCCCUUUCGCCACAAGCGCCAUUCACCAUCCCGGAGCCCCGAGGAGCGGGAGUGGCGGACCCAGCAGCGUUACUUGAAGGUCUUGCGGGAAGUGAAGGAGGAGUGUGGUGACACCGCCCUGUCCUCUGACGAAGAGGCCACGUUGGAUUUACAAGAAAAAUUUUCUUUUGAAGAUCUCAGCUCAUGGCUUCCAAGUUCUCCAGCACGUUCUCCUAGUCCUGCGGUGCCCCUGAGGGUGGUGCCCACGCUUUCCACUACGGAUAUGAAAACAGCAGAUAAAAUAGAGCUGGGUGACAGUGACCUGAAGAUAAUGUUAAAGAAGCACCAUGAGAAGCGGAAACAUCAACCAGAUCACCCAGACCUUUUGACAGGGGACCUGACCCUCGGUGACAUCAUGACUCGUGUAAAUGCCGGCAGGAAGGGCUCUCUCGCAGCUUUAUAUGAUUUGGCUGUUCUUAAAAAAAAGGUGAAGGAAAAAGAGAAGAAGAAGAAAAUAAAGUUGAUUAAAUCUGAGGCAGAGGAUCUGGCUGAGCCUCUAAGCAAUACUGAAGGGGUCCCAACUCUCUCACAGGCCCCCUCUCCACUGGCAAUAUCGUCUAUCAAGGAAGAGCCCCUGGAAGACAUCAAGCCUUGCCUUGGAAUCAAUGAACGAUUUUCCAGUUUUUUCUCUCUUCUGUUAGAGAUCUUGCUGGAGAGUCAGGCUAGCCUUCCUAUGCUGGAGGAUCGGGUUUUGGACUGGCAGUCUUCUCCAUCCAGCUCCCUCAACAGCUGGUUCUCUGCUGCCCCCAACUGGGCUGAGUUGGUGUUGCCUGCUCUACAGUAUCUUGCUGGAGAAAGCCGAGCGGUUCCUUCUAGUUUCUCUCCAUUUGUUGAAUUCAAAGAGAAAACUCAGCAGUGGAAAUUGCUUGGUCAGUUUCAAGAUAGUGAAAAGGAAUUAGCUGCUCUCUUCCACCUGUGGUUAGAAACCAAAGAUCAGACCUUCUGUAAGCAGGAAAAUGAAGACAGCUCAGAUGCCAUGACGCCUGUCCCUCGAGUAAGAACUGACUAUGUGGUGCGGCCUAGCACAGGAGAAGAGAAACGGGUUUUUCAAGAGCAGGAGCGUUACAGGUAUAGCCAACCCCAUAAGGCAUUCACCUUUCGCAUGCAUGGCUUCGAGUCUGUGGUGGGGCCAGUGAAGGGCGUGUUUGACAAGGAGACCUCCCUCAACAAGGCUCGUGAGCAUUCGCUGCUGCGCUCUGACCGGCCUGCCUACGUCACCAUCCUGUCUCUGGUUCGGGAUGCUGCAGCUCGGCUGCCUAAUGGAGAAGGCACUCGAGCAGAGAUCUGUGAACUGCUCAAGGACUCGCAGUUUCUUGCUCCAGAUGUCACCAGCACUCAGGUGAACACUGUAGUCAGUGGCGCACUGGAUCGACUGCAUUAUGAAAAAGACCCUUGUGUGAAAUACGACAUUGGACGAAAGCUGUGGAUCUACCUGCAUCGUGACCGGAGUGAGGAGGAGUUUGAACGAAUUCACCAAGCUCAAGCAGCAGCAGCUAAAGCCAGAAAAGCUCUUCAGCAAAAACCCAAGCCACCGCCCAAGGUGAAGUCCAGUAAUAAGGAGAGCUCCAUGAAGGGCCUUAGUGGCCCUUCUGAGCAAAGCCAGAUGAGCCUCAGUGACUCCAGCAUGCCACCUACCCCAGUUACGCCUGUGACCCCCACCACGCCAGCACUGCCCACCACCCCCAUCUCUCCUCCACCCGUGUCAGCAGUGAACAAAAGCAGCUCUACCCCUGUGUCCGAGCCAGCUAAGUCGAGCUCAGGUGUUCUUCUGGUGUCCUCACCAACAAUGCCACAGCUAGGAACGAUGCUUUCCCCAGCUUCCAUCCAGACUCCACCCAGUUCUCAGGCCACUGCUCGGGUUGUGAGCCACUCCAGCUCAGCCGGACUGCCCCAGGUUCGGGUGGUAGCCCAGCCCAGCCUUCCUGCUGUUUCCCAGCAGUCAGUAGGGCCAGCACAGACACUACCACAGAUGCCAGCCGGACCACAGAUCCGUGUGCCAGUCACUGCUACACAAACCAAAGUAGUACCCCAGGCAGUAGUAGCAACUGUUCCAGUCAAGGGGCAAACUGCAGCAGCCUCUGUGCAGCGGCCUGGACCUGGGCAGACAGGGCUUACAGUGACGAAUCUCCCUGCUGCAGUCAGCCCAGUGAGCAAGCCAGCCAUGAGUUCUCCCGGGAACUCUGCUCCAAGUGCCUCCACGACAGCUGUCAUCCAGAAUGUCACAGGACAGAACAUCAUCAAGCAGGUGUCAAUCACUGGGCAGCUUGGUGUGAAGCCCCAGACAGGCAACAGCAUUCCACUCACAGCCACUAACUUCCGUAUCCAGGGUAAGGAUGUACUGCGCCUGCCACCCUCUUCCAUCACCACAGAUGCCAAGGGCCAGACUGUUUUGAGGAUCACUCCGGACAUGAUGGCCACAUUGGCCAAGUCUCAGGUUACCACAGUCAAGUUGACUCAGGACCUCUUUGGGACAGGAAGUGGCACUGCAGGCAAAGGCAUAUCGGCUACCUUACAUGUCACUUCCAACCCUGUCCACGCAGCUGACAGCCCUGCCAAGGCUCCUUCAGCCAGCAUUGCUUCGUCCGCUCCAGCAGGUACUACCGUGGUCAAAGUAACUCCUGAUCUCAAGCCAGCAGAAACCUCGAAUUCAGCUUUUCGCUUGAUGCCAGCUCUUGGUGUGAGUGUGGCAGAUCAGAAGGGAAAGAACACAGUGGCCUCUUCGGAAGCAAAACCUGCUGCCACGAUCCGCAUUGUGCAGGGUCUGGGAGUGAUGCCUCCCAAAGCAGGUCAGACCAUUACUGUUGCAGCACAUGCAAAGCAAGGAGCCUCUGUUGCUGGUGGGUCUGGAACUGUCCAUUCUUCAACGGUGUCCUUGCCCAGUAUAAAUGCCACUGUGUCUAAGACUGUGGCUGUGGCUUCUGGGGCAACAAGCACCCCCAUCAGCAUCGGGACUGGAGCCCCCACUGUGCGACAGGUCCCUGUUAACACUACAGUUGUGUCCACGUCCCAGUCUGGGAAGCUGCCUACAAGGAUCACAGUUCCUCUGUCUGUGAUUAGCCAGCCAAUGAAGGGCAAGAGCGUAGUCACAGCCCCCAUCAUCAAAGGCAACCUUGGGGCCAAUCUCAGCGGGCUGGGUCGCAACAUCAUCCUCACAACCAUGCCAGCGGGUACUAAGCUCAUUGCUGGCAAUAAGCCGGUGAGUUUCCUCACUGCCCAGCAGUUGCAGCAGCUUCAGCAGCAAGGUCAGGCCACACAGGUGCGCAUCCAGACGGUUCCCGCAUCCCAUCUCCAGCAGGGCACAGCUUCUGGCUCCUCCAAAGCAGUUUCCACUGUUGUUGUGACCACUGCUCCAUCUCCUAAACAAGCACCUGAACAACAGUGACCGAGAACAGAGGCAGCUUGAGGAGACAGGCCUCGUGCAUCUCGGCUGACAGAAAGGAGCAGGGAGGUUGCUUCAUUCUUCUGAGCUCUCCUGCUUGAGGCAGGGUGGUGAGGGUGAUGGCAACUGUGGCCUAGAUUCUGCAGCCACACUCCAGAAUGAAGCCCUGACAAGGUUCCAUUUUAGGGUUCCAGGGCUGCCCUGUCUAGUCCAGAAGGAGAGAACAUCAGAGUCAUGGGAGGUGACAGUCACACGGGCCGGAGUUACCUCCCGAGUGUUGGAUGCCCAGGGAGCAGGCCUGCCAGUUGGUGAGCGGGCCAGCAGUGAAGAAGCCUCAUUCUGUGUGAGGAUUUUACUUUUUAGUUUUUGAUCCUCUUGGUGACUUGUCCAGAUGUGAGUUUUGUGUCAGAAAAUUUUGUGUAAUUUAUUUUUUUAAAGAACUUACUGUGCAUCUUUUAUCAAAUAGAAGCCUGGGCUUUAGUGCCCCUAAACUGAUCCCUUACUCCUUUUGCCGGAAUGAGAGCAAAACAAGACUCUGACCAGGUUGGUGGCUUACUUGAUAAUGAGGAGUUCCGUAGUAGGGAAAUGUAGGCCAUGAGGUCCAGGGAGACUAGUUUGGCACCACUUACUACAGAUGAGUGUCGGGAUCUUGGGUGUCCCUGUAUCUUCAUUUGGGGGCAUUGUUCUUGACAAGCCUGUUCACGUGGAAGUUCAGAGCUGUUGGACAGGGAGUAGGGGAUGCUGGCCGAGAUGCUGCUCACAGUGCACUUGCUCACAGCCAGAGAUUGCACAUUCUGUCUGCUGUACAACAGCAGCUGCAAACCAGACCUUUGAAGCCGGUCACUUGACUGGAAAGUAGAAGAAAUAGUGGAGGUGGGUUCAGCGUCUGGCACUACCUGGCACUGCCAGCUUCAGGAGACAUGAGUCUGAGUUUGCCGUUUUUAUUCCUGGCCAUUUCACACUUCUCAGUCACCACCAGCCACAGACAGCUCAGCGGGGAUGCUUUUUAAAGUCCUACGUACUUGGUGUACUGGUCACAUCUUAUAUGUCCUGCUGUGGUGCAGGGGCAGGUGGGAAAGCCUUUCUGUAGGGACAGGGCUUCCCUGUCUCUUUGUGAAAGUAUCCAAAUUAUUAAAAAUGUAUCUUUCA